CCGGCCGCAGCCGCACCAAUUCGGCGGUGGUGCGGCUGCGGCAGGGGAUUGCUGGCGCUCGGGGUCCCCGGCGGUCCCCGGCUCCUGGGCACCCACCCCAAGAAGGAGCCCAUGGAGGCGCUGAACACUGCGCAAGGCGCGCGCGACUUCAUCUACAGUCUGCACUCCACCGAGAGGAGCUGCUUGCUCAAAGAGCUGCACCGCUUCGAGUCCAUUGCCAUCGCCCAAGAGAAAUUGGAAGCUCAACCACCCACUCCAGGACAGCUGAGAUAUGUAUUCUUCCACAAUGCGAUACCUUUCAUAGGGUUUGGCUUUUUGGAUAAUGCAAUUAUGAUUGUUGCAGGAACCCAAAUUGAAUUGUCUAUUGGAAUUAUUUUGGGAAUUUCAACAAUGGCAGCUGCUGCUUUGGGAAAUCUUGUUUCAGAUUUAGCUGGACUUGGUCUUGCAGGUUAUGUUGAGGCCUUGGCUUCCAGGUUAGGCCUCUCAAUUCCUGAUCUCACACCAAAGCAAGUUGACAUGUGGCAGACGCGUGUUAGCACUCAUCUGGGCAAGGCUGUUGGGGUGACGAUUGGCUGCAUUCUAGGAAUGUUCCCUUUGUUUUUCUUUGGAGGCGGCGAAGAAGACGAAAAACUGGAAACGACAAAUUAAUCAUCUUAGAAUAUCUAUAAAAAGAUGUAAACUAAUGUACCUCAGUCAUUAACAAAUACUGUCACAGCAUUUAGUGAUGAGGACAGUGACAGUGCAUAGAUACGGGAUCAAGUACUUCAGCAUGUAUUGUGGAAACACUAACUUAUUGUGGCUUGGUCUUCUUAAGAUACCUUUUUAAAAACCAUUUAGUAUAUCAUUUUAUGUAAAUUGUUGAGAUGCUUUUCAUCAAUGGCAGUCAACAUGUUCUCUUUUCCUUUUCUCUGUGUAUCCACAUAUUAUUUAACUUUUAGUCAUUGAUACUGUACUGUACUGACUUGGGAUUUGCUUAUUUGUUAUGUAACAUGUACAUGCAUGGAAAUACCUAUUUAUGUUUUUUUCUUGAUGGUUAUAAUUCAAAGCUAGGGUUUCUCCAAAUUAUGUAAGAUGUUUAACAUCGUUUAAAUUUUGACUCCCUGCCCGGAGGCGUCGCUUCUGUGCUGUUUCACAGUAAACAUUUACGAUCAUAGACUUUCCCUCAUUUCUGAAGCUUUCGCAUCUGUUCCAAAUGAAUACAGACUUUAAGUGUUUUAAGUAUAUCCGGUUCUUUUUCAUUUUGAACCACAUUGUCUUAAGGGCCAGAGGCCAGUCGGAAAGAUCGACUCUCGGCCUUCCUUUUACACACACCAUACAUGCUAACAAGUGACUUAUUUUUAGUCCACUUUUUACCUUUGAUUUCCCAACCUUGAAUAAUCGCUCAGUGAGUUUUGGUUUGCGAGGGAAAGACAGUGCUCCGAUACUUACCAUCUUUAAAAUGGGGAUUAAGAAAUUAGGGUGAACUAAAGAAUUUAAGAUGACAUUUGAAAAGUAUGCUGAUUUCCUUUUCUUUUUAAGGGAAAUAGAAAAUGGAAACUCUAAGGAGGUUUAUGGAGGAAGUGGCAGAGUUCAGGUGUUUCGAAGGUCCAGGACCAGUUCUGUUUCUUUGGAAGGAUUUCCCUCCUAAAAUGUUAUUGUCUCAUCAGAAUGGAAUGAGUCUAAUUAUUCCUUGCUCAGAAUCCUAAUCUCAUUAGAUCUUGCUUUGUGAUUUUUUUCCUCUGGAUGAAGUUUUUAGAAAUAACACGUGUUUCAUAUUUUGCUAUCUAGCCUAUCAAUCAUGACAUGAGGAGAGAGCCUUUCUCCCAGUUUUGGAGAUUUUUCUUUUGUGGUGAUUAUAGCACAUGGCUGGUGAAAACUGCUGGUGUGUGUGCUUGUAUGUCUGACCUAAAUCAUGUGGGAAUCCGAAGUUUUAAUUUUUGAAUUCCUGAAGUUUUUUCUCAUGUGAUCUACACAUGCUAAAAAGUUACAUGUGACAGAAUAAUUAAACAUACGGAAGAGAGAAACUGAAGUUAGAAUUUAUUCUUUGGGGAAUUAAAGUUAUUCAUGUUUGCUAACUAGAUGGAAAAGACAAGCAGCAUGACUGUGCCUUUUAAAUCUUAUUUUGGGGUUUUGUUUGCACGUAAUUACUGUGAGCUCUUCUUAGAGAUUUCUUUUCCAUAAGAAAACAUGUCAUAUGCUGUCUCGUACAUGUCACAUACCGUCUCAUACGUGUCACAUACGGUCUCAUACAUGUCACAUACUGUCUCUACCAUACUUUGGGAUGAUUUAGUGCUGUCCAUUUAUCAUAGACUUUUAAGGAAAAAUAGACAGUAUAAAAACCAUCAAAUUCUCAUACACCCAAGUAGCAUUCUCCUUUGAUCAGAUUGGAAUGACACAACUUGCCAUCUCAGACAGGUCUGCCUUUUGUAUCUUUUUCAUGUAUCACACACAUGGACACCAGGAAGAGGAGUCCAGAUCAAUGGAUGUAACACUUAUUUCAUUUGCUGUGUGAACAUGUGAGUGCUUGUGUCCCUCCUCCGUAUAGACAGAUUAGAAUGCUUGUUACAUUUUCUGUAUGAACUGUGAGUGCUUCCGUCUCUCCUCUGUGUAUUGGUAGCUUUCCUGUUUUUUGUUUUUUAGUGUUGUAUUGUGGUGCUUAACUUUUCUUCUUAUUAAAUCCCAUUUCCAGAAACCUCUCUUGGAGUUCAGAAAGGAAUUUGAUUAUUGAUUUCCUUUUUCCUUCUCUUAAAAAUAUUCCAGUCCUUACUACCAGAAUUUCUGUGAACAGAAUUAUGCCGGUUUUGUUAAAUCUUCAGUUAUCUGAGUUGUCAAAACACGAAAGAUGUAACUUUCACAUUGAAAGACGUUCAGAUUUUCAGUAAAAAAAAUUUGAAUCAUAUUUAAUCAGUAAAAUGUGUUGAAUCAUUAAAAUACUUAGUUUUCAAAAGCAGACAAACAAAAUUCAAGUCUCUUUGUCUUCAACCAGAGGCGUCGUUUCUCAAGCUCUCGCUGUGACCUCGCAUGGUCCUCUGCUCAGUGUGGUUUCUGAAGAUGGCUGCCUUUAAAUCAGUGACUCCGUAAGACCCCUGCAUAGUUUUCACCACAGAGAACCUGCAUCAGCUGAAACUGGACCGCCCUGUCUCCUCGUGGCUGCUCUGUCAGCGCCGCAGCUCCGGCGAACUGUCUCACGAGCUGUAGGAUUGUUGGUUCAGAAUCUGUGUUGUUCCUGUGUUAUAACUUACUGACUUGUUGAUGCAUGUAAAAUGGGUGCAUUUUGUUGCCUCUGUAUGUUAAAUAGUGACCAAUGUUUUUACGAAAGAAUUGAACAAAAAAAAUAUCUUUUAAGACA